CCGGUGGGCGCGGCGGCGACGGGGGCGGUGCGGCCCGACGCCGGGCCGGCGCCUUCCGCGUCAGGAGGGGCUGGUCGGGGCGAGAAAGCAGAAAUAGCUGGAAUGCUAUCUUAAGCCAAAAAAAUAUUUAAAUACUUUUUAAAUGCUGCUUAAAUGGAGAAAUAUAUAUAAAACAUCCAAAACUCUACCUGAUAACUAUCCCAUUGAGAGACUGGUCAAUAUGACACUGAAUCCAAGUCGACCUUCGUCAACAGAGUUGGUGGAACUUCAUGUUUUUUAUGUCCCUGAAGGAUCGUGGAACUAUAAAUUAAAUACUAUUUCAAUAGAAGUUAUUAACAAGUUUAUUUCUGCUGGAUUUAUAAGAGUAUCUCCUCAACUAACUUUACAAGCUCUGAGGGAGCGCCUUGGUGAGUUUCUUGGUGUAGAUGCUGUUGCAGAAAAAUUUUUAUUUCUGAAAUGCAUUGGAAAUAAUUUAGCUGUGGUGAAGGAAAAGCAAGAAUCAGAACUGAAACUGAAAUCAUUUGCUCCUCCAUAUGCUCUUCAACCAGAAUUAUAUUUGCUUCCUGUAAUAGAUCAUUUAGGAAAUGUUUAUUCAGCAUCAACAGUUACUUUAGAUGAACGGCAGAGUAAUAAUGACACUACGGAGAUUAAUGGAACAAUCCAUAGACCAGAUAGUGUAACUUUGUCAGAGGAUGAACCUGGAGAUCCAAGUUUGUUGGAAAAUACUUGGAAAGAAUUUACAGAUGAGGAAGAAGUUGAAGAAAGCCAGAUUAUACCAAAUCACCGUGGAAAUUCCAAGCUGUCAGGAACAUUGGAUGAGUUAAAUGAUUGUUUUAUGAAACUAAAAAGUCCAUUUUUUUGGAGAGAUGAGGAGGAGGAGGAACAGGACGGACAGGAGGAGGAUGAAGCAACCACCAGUAGAAUUCAGGCCAAACUGGUAGGGGAGGAGCACUGCACACUGCCAGGUCUUAAUGACUUGCCUUCUCAACGAAGUUUAAGAGUAACUGAUAAGUCUCUAUUAAAAAUUGAGAGAGAGAAGCUUAUUGAACAAAUGAAACAAGUAAAGGAAGAAAGAAAAUAUCUGGAAAAUAUUAGAGACGAACUAAUAAAAAAAGUUGAAAAGCUGUUUGAACAAAAUAAAUCGAAACAAUAUCAUGACUGUGAUAGCUGGAAGAAAAAAUACUUUGACAGUAAGAAGGUCACAGAAUCAUUGGAGGAAGUUUUAAGAAAACUUAGAGAAGAUUUGGAACUUUACUAUAAAAAACUGCUCAUGCAGCUUGAAGCCAGGGAAAUCAAGAUGCGACCAAGGAAUCUGGCAAACAUCUCAGAUUCUAAGAAUUAUCUUAUAAUCCAGAUUACUGAAGUACAGCAUGCAAUUGACCAACUUAAGAGAAAAUUGGAUACUGAUAAGAUGAAAUUCAUAUUAGAAGUUAAGAUGAGAAAACAAGCAGUUUCAGAUUUGCAGACAAUAAAAGCUGACCUGACACAGAAGAAAAUGGGUACAUCUUUCCGAUCUCCAUUAUUUUCUGGAAGUGUGCCAACCUAGGAGUUCAACAGAUGAAUACUGUUUGUGAUAAAUCAGCCAGGAGAACAGGGAGCAUUGGCUGCUGCAGUACAUUCUGACCAGAUCUGACUCUGCUCAUCGUAAGACAUCACAAAGAGAAAGUCACAGGCAUCCGCAA